AACAGUAUCUAACAUGCAUUCAUGGUCUAUAUUUCUCUCUGCUCUGUAUCUCAUGGAUUGGUUUGUAGGACUACAAGGUCAUACCAGUGAUCCAACGACCGCUCCUCAAGGACCAGACAACAACCCAGCCACUGAGGGGGAGGUCCGCUUGGUCAAUGGAGGGAAUGGCCCUUGUUCAGGCAGGGUGGAGGUCUUCCUCCAGGGCCAGUGGGCCACAGUUUGUGAUCGUAGCUGGGACCUGGUCGAUGCCCAGGUGGUGUGUAGACAGUUGGGCUGCGGGAGGUUGCUGUCUGCACCACGUGGGGCCACUUUUGGACCUGGCCAAGGGCCUAUAGGGAUGAUUGAUGUAUACUGCAAGGGCCAUGAAUCUGAGCUCACACAGUGUCGCUACAAUGGAGUGCCGACACACUGGUGUGGUCACUCUGAGGACGCUGGAGUUGUCUGUGAAGGCAGGGUAGAGGUCUUCCUCCAGGGCCAGUGGGGCACAGUUUGUGAUGAUGACUGGGACCUGAAUGAUGCCCAGGCGGUUUGUACACAGCUGGGGUGUGGCAGUGCCAUUUCAGCCACCAACAAGGCAUAUUUUGGACCGGGAACAGGACCCAUCUGGUUGGACGAUGUCAACUGUGGAGGAAAUGAACCGUCAAUAACCGACUGUGAACAUCAAGGGUUUGGUUCUCAGAACUGCAAACACAUUGAAGACGCUGGCAUCAUCUGCGAUGCGGCCACUCCAGUGAGACUGGUCAACGGUCUCUCCAACAACCCCUGUUCAGGCAGGGUGGAGAUCCUCCUCUAUGGCCAGUGGGCCACAGUUUGUGAUGAUCGCUGGGACCCGGCCAAUGCCCAGGUGGUGUGUAGACAGUUGGGCUGUGGGAGGGUGCUGUCUGCACCACGUGGGGCCACUUUUGGACCUGGACAAGGGCCCAUAGGGUUGGAUGAUGUCAACUGCAAUGGCAAUGAAUCUGAUCUCACACAGUGUGGCCACAGAGGACUGUGGACCCACAACUGUGGUCACCAGCAGGACGCUGGAGUUGUCUGUGAAGCUGGCCCUCCAGUGAGACUGGUCAACGGUCUCUCCAACAACACCUGUUCAGGCAGGGUGGAGGUCUUCCUCCAGGGCCAGUGGGGCACAGUUUGUGAUGAUGACUGGGACCUGAAUGAUGCCCAGGUGGUUUGUACACAGCUGGGGUGUGGCAGUGCCAUAUCAGCCACCAACGAGGCAUAUUUUGGACAGGGAACAGGACCCAUCUGGUUGGACGAUGUCCACUGUGGAGGAAAUGAAACGUCAAUAACCGACUGUGAACAUCAAGGGUUUGGUUCUCAGAACUGCAAACACGCUCAAGACGCUGGCAUCAUCUGUGAUGCUGGCCCUCCAGUGAGACUGGUCAACGGUCUCCCCAACAACCCCUGUUCAGGCAGGGUGGAGAUCCUCCUCUAUCGCCUGUGGGCCACAGUUUGUCAUGGUGACUGGGACCUGAAGGAUGCCCAGGUGGUGUGUAGACAGGUGGGCUGUGGGAGGGUGCUGUCUGCACCACAAUGGGCCACUUUUGGACCUGGCCAAGGGCCUAUAGGGUUGGAUGAUGUCAACUGCAAUGGCAACGAAUCUGAGCUCACACAGUGUGGCCACAGAGGACUGUGGACCCACAACUGUGAUCACCAGUGGGACGCUGGAGUUGUCUGUGAAGCUGGCCCUCCAGUGAGACUGGUCAACGGUCUCUCCAACAACCCCUGUUCAGGCAGGGUGGAGGUCUUCCUCCAGGGCCAGUGGGGCACAGUUUGUCAUGAUGGCUGGGACCUGAAUGAUGCACAGGUUGUUUGUACACAGCUGGGCUGUGGCAGAGCCAUAUCAGCUACCAACAAGGCAUAUUUUGGACAGGGAGCAGGACCCAUCUGGUUGGACGAUGUCCACUGUGGAGGAAAUGAAACGUCAAUAACCGACUGUGAACAUCAAGGGUUUGGUUCUCAGAAUUGCAAUCACGCUCAAGACGCAGGCAUCAUCUGUGAUGCUUCAACUCCAGUGAGACUGGUCAACGGUACCUCCAACAACCCCUGUUCAGGCAGGGUGGAGAUCCUCCUCUAUGGCCAGUGGGCCACAGUUUGUGAUGGUGACUGGGACCUGGCCGAUGCCCAGGUGGUGUGUAGACAGUUGGGCUGCGGGAGGGUGCUGUCUGCACCACGUGGUGCCACUUUUGGACCUGGCCAAGGGCCUAUAGGGUUGGAUUAUGUAUACUGCAAUGGCCACGAAUCUGAGCUCAUACAGUGUCGCCACAGUGGACUGUUUCCCCGCAACCGUUGUCACCAGGAGGACGCUGCUGUUGUCUGUGAAGCUGCCUCUCCAGUGAGACUGGUCAACGGUCUCUCCAACAACCCCUGUUCAGGCAGGGUGGAGGUCUUCCUCCAGGGCCAGUGGGGCACAGUUUGUGAUGAUGACUGGGACCUGAAUGAUGCCCAGGUGGUUUGUACACAGCUGGGCUGUGGCAGUGCCAUAUCAGCCACCAACGAGGCCUAUUUUGGACCGGGAACAGGACCCAUCUGGUUGGACGAUGUCAACUGUGGAGGAAAUGAAACGUCAAUAACCGACUGUGAACAUCAAGGGUUUGGUUCUCAGAACUGCAAACACGCUCAAGACGCUGGCAUCAUCUGUGAUGCUGCCUCUCCAGUGAGACUGGUCAACGGUACCUCCAACAACCCCUGUUCAGGCAGGGUGGAGAUCCUCCUCUAUGGCCAGUGGGCCACAGUUUGUGAUCAUGACUGGGACCUGGUCGAUGCCCAGGUGGUGUGUAGACAGGUGGGCUGCGGGAGGGUGCUGUCUGCACCACGUGGGGCCACUUUUGGACCUGGCCAAGGGCCUAUAGGGUUGGAUGAUGUCAACUGCCAUGGUUACGAAUCUAACCUAACACAGUGUGGCCACAGAGGACUGUGGACCCACUACUGUGGUCACCAUGAGGACGCUGGAGUUGUCUGUGAAGCUGCCCCUCCAGUGAAACUGGUCAACGGUCUCUCCAACAACCCCUGUUCAGGCAGGGUGGAGGUCUUCCUUCAGGGCCAGUGGGCCACAGUUUGUGAUGAUGACUGGGACCUGGUCGAUGCCCAGGUGGUGUGUAGACGGUUGGGCUGUGGGAGGGUGCUGUCUGCACCACGUGGGGCCACUUUUGGACCUGGCCAAGGGCCUAUAGGGUUGGAUGAUAUAAACUGCACUGGCCAUGAAUCUGAGCUCACACAGUGUGGCCACAGAGGACUGGGGACCCACAACUGUGGUCACCAGCAGGACGCUGGUGUUGUCUGUGAAGGUAUUCCCGACAACAAAAACAAUCUGAAAUUAAUUAACCUCUGUCGGUCGGCCUUCGUCAUUCCCAUCAUCUUUCUGGUCAUUCUUUAUUGCUGGAGGAAAAAAAAGCAUCAUGAAAACCUCGAUGCUGAACAGAGUCCAAACUGUGACCCAGUUGCCGCCAUCUAUAUGAAUGAGAGUCUGUUAGGACCCCCUCCUCUCCCUUUGGAGCCCACUGACAUAGAACUCAGCCCCAUAAGCACCUAGGAGGCUCUGUGGGAGAUAUUGACUGUAGGUUUAAACUUCUGCUGCCCCUGAGAUGAACCCCGGUUACUGGGCUGACUCCAAGUGGACCCCUUAAACCUGUGAACCCCUCUAUUCCUGGCUCACCUCAUCCUGACAGGAAGAGAAGGGGAGGGCUUUAUGACAGCCACAAUGAACAAAGGAGCCCCCUUCAUUCUUCCUCUCACUUUACUUAGAAUGACUUGUAUGUUAAUGUUAACUCGUUAAUGUUACAAUCAAAGACCGCCUGCGUUAUGAAUGUAUUCCAAAAUCACUUAUGUUGCCUUUUCAUUUGAAUGCAUGCUUUUCGUCUUGGGAGAAGGGAUUGUUAUUGUUCUCGUGCAUGUCACCUCUUUAUGUUAACCCAUACAUGUGGCAUAGAGGUUUGAUUUCUGUGAUUAUACGUGGAUACAUUAAUCAAGGUUGUGUUUGUCACACAUGGCCCGAUGCAUCGGGUGUUGUGAUUGGCCAGCGCUUGUGAGAGGUAUCCAGAUGUUUUGGGAACAUAACAUGAAGCCUGAGUCCUUUGCAAACCAACUUAUGUUUUGUGCUUUUGUCUUCAUCUUUCAAACUUCAGCUUUCUCAACCUCUAUUAUUUCUGUUAAAGUGUCGUGUUUAUCCAUGAA